AAACAAGCCGAGUCAAGCGAAGUACAUCAGAAUUCAGCUGUUGUUGGGUGUUGCGUGUACAAAAAUUAUGUUUCGUCUAAAAAGUAAAGGCUCCAACAAUGAUGCGAAUACUGAAAAAAUGCUUCGUCAAGAAAUUACGAAACGAGAUCUGCAUGUAAAAUCAUGCAUAAAGGACAUACAGAAUUGCUGUGGAGACCAGCAGGAACUGACAACACUCAAUUUGGAGGCUGGCGAAAGCGUACGCGCUCUGAAGAAGGCUAUUGAUGAUUUGAAAUCGCUCGCUAUGGAGCAAGACAAAGAGCAAGACAGAAAAAGAGUGCUAGCAUGUGUUGACCAGCACACGAUUGCUAUGAAAACGAACACGGAAGCACUGAGAAAGGCCAACCUUACAGCGCAACGGGAGAUCCAGAAGCAGUGUCACAAGGACCUGCUUUCGGGUGGAUCGUCGACGCUGCAGAAGAGUCGAGCGGACAAGGAAUCUUUGAUCCGAGGGACGUCUUCUAUGACCGAGAACCUGUUCUCAAUCAGUCGAAUGAUGGCAACGCAGGUGAAACACAGUGAAGAUACUCUAGAAAGGCUAGUUGGUACGUCGACGACGAUCACAGAGAGCCACGAGGAGACCCGCAAUAUGAGCGGAGCCAUCUUUCAGUCGAGGAAACUGCUAACGAAAUACGGUCGUCGAGAGAUGACGGACCGUGUGCUCAUCCUGCUAGCCAUAACCUUCUUCUUUGCUUGUGUCCUCUACGUGUUGAAACGGAGACUCUUUUGACAGGCUUGUCCUUCACUAGUUCUUGCUGUCCAUUCCCGACCAGUGCACCGAUUGGUGCACGCGAAAGAUUCCCGACCGGUGCACCGAUUCCAGUGCACCGACACCAUUUUCAGAAAAUGUCAAACGGAGUGGAAAUAGGUGACAAAAAUUGAUACGUAAGGAUGCGGGUCCCCAAAAAGAAAUUGUGCAGCUCCUUUGGUACUACUGACCAAACUUGUCAUAUUCUUCAGCCUUUUCAGUCUUCUUACGAGGUCACUUACGCUUCUUUUUUUUUUCUGUUGUCCUAAAAGUGCCGACCUCGGCCGUAUUGACUUUAGCCGAGCCUGAUUUUCUCGACAGAACAAACCUGUCGACAUGCUACAAAGGCUGGCCCCAUAAGCUGCGACGUCAAUCUGGCCAAUGACAUCAGCUCCUGUAGGAGAGAAAGGGGAGUUGAGAGGGAAACAGUGUCUGGCUUGGUAGCAUGCAAACCUCAAAUAGCCCCCCCUUGUUAGAAUGCGUUCUGCUCCCCUGCAGUACGAUCAAAGUAAAAUUGGAAUGGUACUAAGUAUCCUGCGGCACACCUUUUACCCUUGCCCCCCAGCCCUACGUGUAUUGCAGCAGCAAGUAUUUUUAGAGCGUAGUACGAUACUUACACUAUACCCCAAAAGUACAUUUGAAGGCUGGAACAGGUUGGAAUAUGUGUAUUUUGUAGGACGGUGUACAGGAACCAGAUAUAAGUUACGUAAAUACUUGUGCAAAACAACGUAAGUGGGCAAAUUCUGUGUGUUUACAAAGGUGCAUUAAAUACUGAAAUGUC